UGGGGUUAUGUUAUUUUAUAUUUUCAAGAAGGGUUUGGUGGUAGAACGUUUUUGAAUUUGGUGAAUAGUUUUUGAUUUAUACAUUUCAAAAUGUCUCAGUUCAAAAUACAUAAUGUCCGGUUUUAUAACCCUGAACCAAGGGCAAUCCGAUGUAUGUCCCUUCAAAGAUCUUCAAAAAAAUUAGCAGUGUCCAGAUCUGAUGCCAGCAUAGAAAUUUGGAACCUCAAUAAUAUUUGGUUUCUAGAACGUACAAUCUCUUCUACAGCAGAAAAUUUCAGUAUAGAAGGUUUAGCAUGGUGUGGAAAUAAACUAUUUAGCACUGGACUACAUGGCUUAUUGGUUGAAUACAAUUUGUAUCGUUUGUGUUUGGAAAAGAAGUGGGCAGUAACAGGUGAAGCAGCGUUUUGUUUGGACGUCGACAAAGAGGAAUCAAGAAUUGCUGUUGGCACAGAACAGGGAUACUUGAACAUUUUUAGUUUGAACGAAGAUGGGGUGUCCUUUGAGAAGUUUUGUGAUAAACAAGAAGGAAGAAUUAUGUGUUUGAAGUUUAGCUACAAUGGGAAAUUUGUUGUUUCAGGCAGUAUUGAUGCAAUUCGAAUUUGGGAUGUUCAGUCAGGUCACGCGAUUCACAAAAUGACAACUGGAAGAUCCGAAACAAAUAAACCUACAAUAGUAUGGUGUGUAGAAGUCACAGAAGAUUUUACUAUUAUCAGUGGUGACUCUAGAGGGCGCUUGACUUUCUGGGAUGGAAACAUUGGAUCUCAGGUGGAGAGUUAUCAGUCACACAGAUCUGAUAUUCUCGCAAUAAGCCUUUCAGAUAAUUCUUUGUAUUGUGCUGGAGCAGAUCCCAACAUCAUUAACUAUCAAAAAAUCAGUGUUAAAGGUGGAGCACAGAAAUGGGUGAAAAGCAUUCAGAGGAAAAUUCAUGACCAUGAUGUAAAUGCCCUGGUAAUAUGCGAUAACAAACUAUAUUCUGGUGGAGCUGAUGGCUACUUAUCCUGCAGUUUCCAUCCACCAAAAACACUUCUGAAACUCCCUCCUUUGUUACAAGACCCCUGUGUCCACGUAUCUCAGGAAGCCAAAUAUGUCAUGUUGCAAUAUCCUAAACACAUAGAAUUGUGGGGUCUGGGAAAAAGUCAAAACACCGAGGCUAGCUACAGGGGAAUGGUUUCUCUAGAAAAAG